UGUCGUGCCUCCACCACCAAACAUGCACCUCCCCCAGAGGCAGAACUAGACACACAGCUGGACCAUAUUAGAAUUGAGCAUAGGAGUACAGUGUAGAAGAGACCGGUGUAGUCUGUUGAAGUCAAGCUGCUGAACUCAUCUGAGACACAGCGAAGACUCUUGACAAACUUUGUCAGGAAUACAGUGAUUUGAAGGGUGAUAUUGUGGCAAAGGAGAUAACAAUUUCAGACUUCACUGUAUUACAUCACAGGACUUGGGACACGGGGGGCUGCGUUACACGGAGCAGAGAAAGGAAGGAAGGGAGAGGCAGCUUUCUCUGCUUGUGGAAGUAGCUCCUAACCAUAAAUUAUAGCUUUUGCUGUGAGAGAGUACGGAUCCUCUGCAGCACCAUGGGUCUCUUUGCUCCAGCCUGGACUCUGCUAUUGCUGCUCUCGCUCUCUGCUCUCCGCCAUGGCUGUUCCUCCUCUCCCACCACGGAAGAGUGCACUGGCAUGGGCGUCCGGCUGCGCUCCUUCAAGCUGGUGUCCAACUGCAACUUCACCACCCUGAAAGACAAGCAGAUCCAGGAGGUGCAGGCUCCCACCACCGUGCUCUACGUGCCCAUGCUCUACCUGGUAGCCUUCACUGUGGGCCUCCCGGCUAACCUCCUGGCCCUGUGGGUCCUUCUGUUCCGUACCAAGAAGAUGCCAUCCACCAUCCUCCUUAUCAACCUCACCGCCACCGACCUCAUGAUACUGAUGGUGCUCCCGUUCCGCAUAGUCUAUCACUUGCAGGGCAAUGACUGGGUCUUCGGCGAGCCCUUCUGCCGCGUGGUCACGGCGCUCUUCUACGGCAACAUGUACGGCUCGGUGCUGUGCCUGGCGUUCAUCGCCGUCGACCGCUACGUGGCAUUGGUGCACCCGUUCGGUGCCAAAACCCUGCGCAGCCACCGCACCUCCCUUUACAUGAGCCUGGGCGUGUGGGUGGUGGUGCUGGCCGCCAUGGUGCCUCUCCUCGUCUCCCGCCAGUCCUACAAGCUGGACGAGCCGAGCAUAACCACAUGCCACGACGCGUUGCCUGAGGAGGAGCAUGAGAACUACUUCCUGCCCUACUUUCUCACACUCUUCUUUCUCUGCUUCCUGCUCCCCCUGCUGGUCGUCCUCUACUGCUACGGCUCUGUGAUACGCACCCUAGUGGCGGGAGGCCAGCGCUAUGCCCACGCUGUGCGCGUCACUGUGCUAGUGCUGGUAGUGUUCGUUGGCUGCCUGCUACCCAGCAACGUCCUCCUUCUCCUGCACUACUCCGACUCCUACCUGGUGGAUGACGGGGAGGACCUGUACGUGCCCUACAUGGUUAGCCUAGCUGUUAGCACGUUGAACAGCUGCAUCGACCCCUUCAUCUUCUACUACGUCUCUGACGACUUCAGGGGAAAGGUCAGGACGGUGCUGUGUUGCCGCGGCGACAACGGGAGAGACUCGACCACGGGUAACCAGGUGUCCUAUUCGUCCACCUCAAAGGGGACGCAAAGGUCAAAGGUGACACUGCUGUCCAAGUCUAGUCGGAGCCCGGUGACGUCAGAGGGGGAGGUAGCAUGCAGAUAGGCAUUAGAGAACUAGACGUGUAGGCACUAGAAUCAGACGAAGACUCAAUCUUGUGUUGUGGCAUACAAUGUUUUCCUCUGGUUUACGUGAGACUCAUCUCAUUUAUACAGCCAAUGACUUUUAUGGUAUAUUGUGAAUAACAAAAAAUGGAAUGCAUUUCUGUGCAAUUUCCAUAAACAUGCAGUCAAUGGAGGGAGCUGUUUAGGAACCAUCAUCAUACAGGGAUACAAUAGUCUCUUUAGAUAUCCACUUUGCCUCCCACAAUUUUCAAAUGCUCUUCACUGUUGCCUAUGGUCUGGUUUUCGAGACGAGGGUUUGUAUCAUUAGAGUUCUACAGGAUUACACAGUCACUAUAUUAAUGGACUGUCUUAUAUAAAUACGACAAAAUGGGGAAAACACAGCUGCAGGGUGUGUUGUCCCUAUUCUUCGGUCUAGGUCAGUGUUUCCAAAAACUUUUUAUAGUCCCAUACCCCUUCAAACAUUCAACCUCCAGCUGCAUACCCCCUCUAGCACCGGGGUCAGCACACUCUCAAAUGUUGUUUUUUGCCAUCAUUGUAAGCCUGCCACACACACACACACACACACUAUACAAAUCAUCUAUUAAACAUAAGAAUGAGUGUGAGUUUUUGUCAUAACCCGGCUUGUGGGAAGUGACAAAGAGCUCUUAUAGGACCAGGGCACAAAUAAUAAUAUAAUAAUAAUCAAUAAUUUUGCUCUUUAUUUAACCAUCUUACAUAUAAAUCUUAUUUGUACAUCGAAAAUUGUGAAUAACUCACCACAGGUUAAUGAGAAGGGUGUGCUUAAAAGGAUGCACAUAACUCUGCAAUGUUGGGUUGUAUUGGAGAAAGUCUUAAAUCAUUUCCCACACAGUCUGUGCCUGUAUUUAGUUUUCAUGCUAGCGAGGGCUGAGAAUCCACUCUCAAAUAGGUACAUGGUUGCAAAGGGCAUCAGCGUCUUAACAGCACGAUUUGCCAAGGCAGGACACUCAGAGCCCAUCCCAAUCCAGACAUCUGGCAGUGGCUUCUGAUUAAAUACAAUUUUCACAGAACCGCUUGUUGCAAUUUCAAUGAGGCUCUCUUGUUCAGAUAUCGGUAAGUGGACUAAAGGCAGGGCAUGAAAGGGAUAAGAAUCCAGUUGUUUGUUUCAUCCGUUUCGGGAAAGUACCUACGUAAUUGCGCACCCAACUCACUCAGGUGCUUUGCUAUAUCAACUUUUACAUUGUCCGUAAGAUUGAGUUCAUUUGCACACAAAAAAAUCAUAUAAUGAUGGAAAGACCUGUGUGUUGUCCUUGUUAUUGCAGAAAGAGAAGAGCUUCAACUUCUUAAUCAUAGACUCAAUUUUGUCCCGCACAUUGAAUAUAGUUGCGGAGAUUCCCUGUAAUCCUAGAUUCAGAUCAUUCAGGUGAGAAAAAACAUCACCCAGAUAGGCCAGUAGUGUGAGAAACUCGUCAUCAUGCAAGUGGUCAGACAAGUGAAAAUUAUGGUCAGCAAAGAAAACUUUAAGCUCGUCUCUCAAUUAAAAAAAACUUGUAAAUACUUUGCUCAUUGAUAACCAGCGCACUUCUGUAUGUUGUAAAAGCUUUACAUGGUCGCUGCCCAUAUCAUUGCACAGUGCAGAAAACACACAAGAGUUCAGGGGCAUUGCUUUAACUAUUUUCACUGCAGUGUCCAAAACGUCUUUCAAGCUGUCAGGCAUUCCAUUGGCAGCAAGAGCCUCUCGGUGGACGCUGCAGUGUGCCCAGGUGGCGUCGGGAGCAACUGCUUGCGCGUGCAUUACCACUACACUAUGUCUCCUUGUCAUGGCUUUUGCGCCAUCAGUAAAGACAAACACAUCUUGACCACCAAAGUCCAUUUGAUGUCACAAAGCUGUCCAGUACUUUAAAAAUAUCCUCUCCUGUUAUCCUGGUUUCCAGAAGAGGAUCUCUUCCUUAACUGACCCCCCAUAAACGUAACGGACAUAUACCAGGAGCUGUGCCAGGCCGCCACGUCUGUUGACUCAACCAGCGGUAAUGCAUAUAAUUCACUGGCUUGUAUACAAAGCAGUAAUUCUUUCAAAACAUCUCCUACCGUAUCACUGAUGCGUGUUGAAACAGUGUUGUUUGAUGAAGACAUUGUCUGCAUAGUUUUUUUGGCCUUUUCCCCUAGCAUUGUCCCAGCCAUAUCCGCGGCAGCAGGAAGAACUAAGUCCUCCACAACAGUAUGGGGCCUGCCUGUCCUAGCCACUCGGUAGCUCACCAUAUAAGACGCCUCUAGCCCCUUCUUAUUAAUGGUAUCUGUUGCUUCUAUACAUGUCUUACUACUCGAAAGUCAUCUUAGUUCUCGCUCUAGAAAGAGGAGUGGGAGGGACCAGUGCAUAACCGAGCAAGAGGAAAAGUACAUUAGAGUGUCUAGUUUGAGAGACAGAUGCCUCACAAGUCCUCAACUGGCAGCAAAUGCUUGUCCCCUUGCUCAGUUGUGCACCGGGGCCUUCCACUCCUCUUUCUAUUCUGGUUAGUGCCAGUUUGCACUGUUCUGUGAAGGGAGUAGUUCACAGCGUUGUACAGGAUAUUCAGUUUCUUGGCAAUUUCUCGCAUGGAAUAGACAAGAAUAGACUGACGAGUUUCAGAAGAAAGUUAUUUGUUUCUGGCCAUUUUGAGCCUGUAAUCGAACCCACAAAUGCUGAUGCUCCAGAUACUCAACUAGUCUAAAGAAGGUCUGUUUUAUUGCUUUUUUAAUCAGAACAAUAGUUUCAGCUGUGCUAACAUAAUUGCAAAAGAGUUUUCUAAUGAUCAAUAAGCCUUUUAAAAUGAUAAACUUGGAUUAGCUAACACAACGUGCCAUUGGAACACAGGAGUGAUGGUUGCUGAUAAUGGGCCUCUGUACACUUAUGUAGAUAUUCCAUGAAAAAAUCUGCCAUUUUCAGCUACAAUGGUCAUUUACAACAUUAAAUGUCUACACUGAAUGUCUGAUCAAUUUUAUGUUAUUUUAAUGGACAAAUAAUGUGCUUUUCUUUCAAAAACAAGGACAUUUCUAAGUGACCCCAAACUUUUGAACGGUAGUGUAUAUAUAUUUACGGCAUUGCGCGUACCCCCAGUUUGAGGAUACCUGGUCUAGGUGAAAUGCCUAUACAGAGUGGGUAUAACCCUUUCAUGAUCUACAUGUACUGAUACAAAUAUCUCAUAGUAUGGAAUCAGCAUUACUACACAGUAUUACUAUUAUUUGUUUUCAUUGUAUUAUCUCAACAAUCCAGGGGUACAUUCCUACAGGUAGGGUGACCUAUUCCAUAGCUUACAGCUCUGUGGUAAACGUUUCAAUUGUCUGUGGAAUAGCGGAACAGUUUGUACCUAGAGGUCAACAACAGCAUAUUACAUUAAGCCGUUCUAAGUGACGCCAUCUUUUUUUUCCCAUUUAGACGUGUUGGCCAAAUAUAGGCAUGUCCAUGUGAAAAUGGGUACGCGUCUGGAAUGGAUUCUAUUCAUACCAUUCUGUGACUGCUUGUCUGGAACACAUUCAGGUUUUGGAUAUUUCCCUCCAAGAUUAUACAUCAUGGAGGGUUUUUAAGGUGAAGGAUAGAGUCAGCAAAACAUCAUAAUGUGGCUUUGUCAGAAUUAUAUACCCUUCAUUUAGCCAUUAAUAAUGAUUUUGAUGUACAUUAGGCUGGUUUAUACUUGAAUACUUGAAUUGGUGGCCUGGUAUUUUAUAAUAUUGUUUCCACUGGUAUUUAUUCAGCUGGCAUUUACUAAGAAAGUAUGUUGUAUUAUUGUUGUACUUACGUAUAUUCACAGGUUUAAAGAAAUCACAAAAAUAAAGUGCUAUAAUAUUUUGA